CAGAAAUAUAAAAGUUCCCGGUUGCGGAUAGCAUCACAGACAUAUAGCCUCGGAAUCUACAAGAUACGAUCAUAAUAGCCAACAAGCCAGCCUCGUCACCGCCAUGUCACAACAACCCCGUCCUGGCGUAUCAUACGCCGCAGCGACUUCUUCCACGUCGACAGAUCCGACAAUCACAACGAGCACGAGCACAGCAACGGCCACGCUCAAACGAAGAAGACGUGUUCAAGUCGAAGAGAAGAGCUCUCCAAUUCGCAAAUUUCUCAACUACCCGGCUGUACAUGUCGUCAUCUUUGUCGGCGUCGUCGUAGCCCUUGGAAUCACUUGGGAUGCUAUCUACCAUACGGCAUAUUCUACCUCGAAGUUCGACCUCCGACCGAAAGCGGCCGCUCACGUCUGGUAUUUCGCCGACAAGCGCAACAUCCUCAACCGGAUCUUCGUCAAACGCGCGGCGGCGUGGACGACUUUCGGUUUCCUUAUCCCCCACGCCAUCUUUUCGCCUUCGAGGCACCACCACCCGUACUUUCCCUCGAAACCUCAUCGAGCGCUCGAGAUCGGCUUGUACUUGCUCGCUUGGUACGUCGUCACCGGGUGGAUGACGAGUUACGUGAGGACGACCACGGGCGCGGUCUGUCAACUCCCUCUCCCGCCUCAACUCGCCCAGAACCCGUCCUUUUCCUCCUUGACCCGGAUCGAUCAGCUGCCUAUCGUCCGGGCCGAUGAUUCUGGUGACGUCCAGUCGGGUACCACCUUUAUCAACGUGCCUCAGGAAUACUGCUCUUACGGCCGGAACAUCAACCCUUCGGCCUUUCCCGAGCUGUUUUCCCUGCUGAAGCCCAGGACCAAACAGCUCGCCGAAGAGGGGCUCUACAAACCGUUCAACGUCGACUCGACCGAUUUCCGAGCGAGGUUCUUCGAAGGGUUCGAUCUGAGCGGACACGUGUUCCUCUUGUUCGCGUCGAUGGCGAUCAUCACCAGGCAACUCGCCCCGGCUUUGAAGAUGGUGUAUGAGAGGGGCACGUUGGUGGAAGCUCCGGGGAAAAGGAUCGGGGGUGUGCAACUGGCAGGGCACGCGUUGAGCAUGGUUGUUGGGCUUGGGCUCGUCUUGAUGUGGUCCUUCAUGCUAUGGACCACCUCGGCCUACUUUCACACCGUCCCGGAAAAGAUCGCCGGCUACCGUGAGUCAUCGGCAUCUGGCGACUUGCAUCGACGCGUCGCAUAGCUAACAUGACGUCUUCAACAGUCGUCGGCAUCGGAGCCAUAUUGUACAUCCACCUCGUCUCGCGAUCAGCAACAGCCGUCGCGCCCAAUUA